AUGUCAUCAUUAUUCAUUGCUUUUUGUCUUGUUAAAAAUGUUACUGGAAAUAAUAGUUACAUCACCAGAAUUGCGAUAUAUCGAAUAAACGAUAAUACUGAUAAAUUUAGAGAAAUUACUUUUAAGGGUUUCUCUAAAAAUUCUGAUUCGUUGGUUACUCCAUUCGAAAAAAAUUCUAUUGUCUUGAUAGUUAGCCAUUAUGUAUGUGAAGAUAAUGUCACUAUAAUUCAAUCUGUUCUCAUAUCUUAUUCUGAUAAUGAAUAUACUCUUACCCAAGAAAACCUCCUAAAUUUGUCUCUCUUAUUACUUUACUUGGCUCCUGUAGUACCAAAUUCAUAUAUUCCUGACAAUAAUAGAGGACAGUUGAAACUUGGAUCAAAAAAACUUCCACAUAUUCUCGCUUCUGAUAUUGAAUGGAUCUAUCCAACUAGUAACCCUCAAACUUCAAAUACUUCGUCUAAUAGAACAAUAACUUCACAAGGAGAACUUGACACACAACUUGAAAGCAUCAAAGAAAAAUAUGCUGCAUUGAUAUCUCAAUUUUCUCAAAAAAGACAAAGAAUUAAUUUAUAA